ACGUCACUUCCCUUUCCCACCACAACAGCUUAGCUUUGUUAGCGCACACGCCUUGGCAGUUUUCUAGCUAUUUGGAUUGCUUUACGGGCUAGCUAUUGUUUAUAUUAAACCAAGGUCAGUUGCUAGUUAGCGAACGUUAACUCUUUUGGUGACGGUUUGACAUGUGUACCAGUAAACCCCGCCUGUUAACGUUAGUGCUUUUUGUUCUGUCAGCCACCAAAAGAGAAUAUAUUUUUACGUAGAUACAGUACUGUCUGACGGUAGGCAGCCUUCCACGUCGGAUAUAUUUCGUAAUUCCCAUUAUGAAUGGAAUAAUGCACUUUGACGAGCUGGCUCUGCCGAGUGGCACGGUCAGAUUUAGGUAACGCAAAAAGCACUUUGCUUCCUAUUCCUAUUUGGCUAACAGUGCAGCAGACUAGGUGCAAGAGAGUUUCCGUCAUAACAAUCGCAACUGCCUGUCGUGUGCACGCCAAUGAGUUUGCGGCCGGUGGAUUGUUUCAAUCAAGAAACUAAGAAGAGGAAACUGUUGUAGCCAGCUAGCUACGUUCUAUUUUGCAUCAACUCUUUUUUCCUUGCAACAACUGUACUUGUCCUAUGUUAUUCGCUUAGCUAAGUUCUACCACAGGUAUCAAAUGAGCAUAUGAGCAAGGAAUACAUUCCGGCACUUGAUGUUUUUUAAAAGCCCAUUUAUUUCUGCAAAAGAUGUCUAAACGUUUAAGGAAUAGUGAGGUUUGCGCGGAUUGCAGUGUCCCAGAGCCUCGCUGGGCCUCUGUGAACCGGGGUGUGUUGAUCUGCGAUGAGUGCUGUAGUGUUCAUCGGAGUCUGGGCAGACACAGCUCCCAAGUGCGUCACCUGACUCACACAACAUGGCCUCCUACACAGCUACAAAUGGUUCAGACGUUAUACAGCAAUGGUGCAAAUUCGAUAUGGGAGCACUCUCUAUUGGACCCGGCGUCGGUGAUGAGUGGGAAACGCAAGGCCACCCCUCAGGACAAAGUGCACCAAAACAAGACCGAGUUCAUAAAGGCUAAAUACCAAAUGCUGGCUUUUGUCCACCGGAUGCCGUGUCGAGAUGAUGACAGUUUCACAGCCAAGGAUUUAAGCAAGCAACUUCACUCAAGCGUCCGCACUGGGAACCUGGAGACGUGUCUGAGGUUACUGUCUCUGGGAGCUCAGGCAAACUUCUUUCACCCAGAAAAAGGGAAUACGCCCCUUCAUGUGGCUGCCAAGGCAGGCCAGGUGUCUCAGGCCGAGCUGCUGACCGUCUAUGGGGCUGACCCCGGAGCCCCAGACACCAGCGCCAAGACCCCCAUCGAUUAUGCAAGACAAGCUGGUCACCAUGACCUGGCUGAGAGGCUUGUGGAGAUUCAGUAUGAACUUACUGACAGACUGGCUUUUUAUCUCUGUGGGCGAAAGCCUGAUCAUAAAAAUGGCCAACACUUCAUUGUCCCACAGCUGGCCGACAGGAACGUCAGUUUAGAUUUAUCAGAUCUGGCAAAGGCAGCAAAGAAGAAGCUUCAGUCCCUGAGCAAUCAUUUGUUUGAGGAGCUGGCCAUGGAUGUGUAUGACGAAGUCGAUCGGAGGGAGACUGAUGCAGUAUGGCUGGCAACUCAGAACCACAGCACCCUUGUGACAGAAACCACUGUGGUGCCCUUCCUUCCUGUGAAUCCAGAGUACUCUUCAACACGAAACCAGGGGCGGCAAAAGCUUGCGAGAUUCAACGCACAUGAAUUUGCAACUCUUGUCAUCGACAUAUUAAGUGAUGCGAAACGUAGGCAGAUGGGGAACUCUACAAGUCCCAAAGAAAGUGUUGAACUCAUCCUAAAAAGUGUGAGCAGCCGGCAUGGCAGCGAGGGUUUGGACAACGACCAGCCGGACUACGACAGCGUGGCCUCUGAUGAGGACACGGAUCAGGAGCCAAACUCCAGUAAGGACCGGACCAAGAGUCUGGACUCUGACCUAUCAGACGGGCCCGUCACAGUCCAGGAGUUCCUGGAGGUAAAAAACGCCCUUUCAGCCUCGGAGGCCAAGAUACAGCAGCUGAUGAAGGUCAACAGCAACCUGAGCGAUGAGCUGCGGCUGAUGCAAAAAAAGCUGCAUUCUCUGCAAAACGAGAAUACGUCUCUCAAGCGGCAGGGCCCGUCCACCCAUAUCUAUCAGGUCCCCAUCAGCAGCGGGUCAGAGUACAUUGACCCUCCUUCCUCCAGCCCCUCAGCUAUGAAGCGCCGGCAGUCAGCGCGGGCAAGCCGGCCCAUUUCCAUGUCUGUUUAUGAGACUGGCUCAGGCCUGAAGCUCUACCUCCCGAAGGGGGAGACCCCCUAUCCAGAGGAGGGGAUCCCCAACCUGCAACCUUUCCUCCCACCUCAUGCCACAAAAAUGGAGAAGCAAACCAGCUUGCCAGAAAGUGACUAUGACAACACAACCAAUGAAUCGGAGUUGGAGGACUCUGGCGUGAGCAGGCGUGGCAGGCUCAGAAGCAGUGUCUGGCUGGGGGAGGGCAGCUCCAUCCCUGAGCUGGAUGACCUGGAAGCUGAGGCGGAUCUGGCCCUCCCCAGCACUGAGGACGUCAUCCGCAAGACAGAGCAGAUCACCAAGAACAUCCAGGAGCUGCUUCGCGCUGCGCAGGACAAUAAGCAUGACAGCUUUAUACCUUGCUCCGAAAGAAUACAUGUGGCUGUGACAGAAAUGGCUGCCCUUUUUCCUAUGAAACCACGUACAGAGACGGUGCGAGGCCCCCUGCGCCUGUUGACAUCCAGCGCUUUCCGGCUCCAGGGGGAGUGUCGGAAGGCCAUGCCCCCCGAGGGAGGCCCAGGGCCUGACUUGCAGUUGGUUACCCAGCAGGUCAUCCAGUGUGCCUAUGACAUUGCCAAGGCCGCCAAGCAGCUUGUCACUAUAACCACCAAGGAGAACAGCAACUGACUGUCAUGAUCAUUGCCAGUAGUUGCAGAAAGUCAAAGGCCCCAGAACGGAUCCUCGUUGGUCCUUUAAUUCCCUUUUUUCUUCAAUUUCUUUUUUUUUUAAAUCAGUGUUGAUGUUUGCAUGUAAUUUUAUAUUUAAAGAAAAAUUUACAAAGUGAUUGGGUUAAACAGAAACAAACCGGAACAAUUGAAAAAGGGGAAAAACCUGAGCUCUGUUAAUGGGAGAGGCUGUACUAGUAGAUUUGCUUCUAUGGACUGGAUCCGCUGCUUCUAUGGACUGGAUCCGCUGGUUCUAUGGACUGAGCAACUACAGGAAAUCUAUUGUCUACAGCCAAAUACUGACAAGAUGCAGAGUUCCAGGGAGAUUCUUUGUAACUAAUGUUCAGUUUCUAAACUGCACUUCUUGAUUGUUUUAGGGGUUACAGAUACCUCUUGAAGAAAAUACAUUUUUAAUUACUCCCUAUUGACAAUAUGCUUGUUCUUACAAAGACUUAUCUUUGAUGCUUAGUAUCGCAACCAGGAUUCUCAAACGGGUGAGAAGCUGAUUUAUGAAGCCUAUAUUAGUCUAGUAUUCUACUUAAGGAUGUUGUGAAAGCUAUGAAUAAGCCAUGGAACUGAUAUAGUUGUAUAACAUACACUUUAUACACCCUGGAGCUACUUAAUAUCAUUGUACUGUAACCUGUAGAAUUGUAAUGCAUCAUUUAAUACAAUUCCAGAAAGUGUAGGGAGGAAUGUUGGGAGAUCUGUGUACAUUAGUGUAUCUCUGCGAUGCCAAUGUGUCCUCCAUCCAAGUGUUAUUGCUGAAAAAAAUGCAUCUAGUACAGCUAUGCCUCUGGUUCGAGGGGUGGGUAAAUUAUGCUCUUCACCAGCAAUGUUUUGCUUGUAUUGACUUUGAGUGAUUUUUUGUUUUUUUUUGUCUUGUGUGCUAGAACAGCGUUAGUGCGGUUAUGGUAGCUAGAUUGGCAGCACUAGCAAUAAUUUGCCCUUGUCUGUGUUUUUGUGCUGUAAUGCUGCUACUAGGUUUGUAUGUGCUACUAAUUGGAUAGCAUUGUAGAUAUCCACUGUACCUUUAGAAUUCUGCAAGUGGCUAGAAAUGAUCAUCAGCAGACGAUUCAGAGCGGUGAUCGACUUGAAAUGUGAUCAAGGAACUGUCCCUCUGCUUUCCUGUUGUUCUAAAUGGACUUCCAACCAAGGUGUCCAUUGUGCAAUUAUUAUACAUGCAGUGGGUGGGGAGAAGCAUUUAAUUUUUUAAAUAAACCUUAUUUAUAAUUGGAA